AAAAUUUCCUGGAAAAGAAACCAAAUUUUCGAGCCGCAUGCAGAUUACAAGCGUCGUACUAUCAAAGUUGCCACUUCUUUUGUACACACUCGAUAAAAUGCUCAAACCGUUGGGAUCCGUAGGAUCUGGAAAAAUUGUUUCAUCGCAGCAGUUGAAUCUAUGCGGACUAUGCCACUGCACUCUAGCCAACUACACAUGUCCCAGAUGCGCGGAGUUGUACUGCUCACUUAAGUGUUACAAAUCCGAAGCUCACGUCGCGUGCUCUGAAAAAUUCUACGAAAAGAGCGUGAAAGAGGUCAUGAGAGACAAAAAUGAGGGGUCAGAGAGAGACAAACAGAAGUUGGUCGGCAUCAUCGACAGGUUUGACCAGUCCACAGAUGGGAGCUGGAAGUACGAAUUACCGGAACCACUCCAGAAGCUCAGGGAGCAGGUGAAGACCGAGCUACCGGAAAUAGAUGACUCCGACAGACCGUUGAGUAGAGAAGAGGAGAUGGAGCUUGAGAGAUUGAUCAAUGAUGCAGAUACCAAGAAGUUGUACAGUCUUUUGACAGCGGAGCAGCAGAAGGAGUUUGCAAAUAUGCUUGCUGAGAGUAACUACGAGGUUGACUAUGACUAAGUGAGGUAUAUGUACUUUUAGUGACUUAUUAUGAACUACAAUAAUUCCUUGAAGAGAGUUCUAGGUGGUUCAUAUGGUAUUUACCCAGAGAAGAUACCAAAAGCCAAGUUCUAUCUCUCGGAUUUCCCUAGGAGAUAACCUGGAGCCUCCUAGGAAGUUAUCGUUCGAGACAUAUACCUAUACUGCCUCGCUGGUAUAAGCUGAUCUUCAACGUUGCGGAACACACGGCUACACCUACCAAUCUAGAUAAUGAUGAAAAUUUCUAAAUACUAUACGUUACAUAUUUUAAUAUUUGAAUGUCAAAGUACCAAC